GGGACCGAGCGCGACGCGGCGCGAUGGAGGCGCUGCUGGGCCUGGCCAACUGGAGCACGCUGCUCGUGUGCAUGGUGAUCAAGCUGCCGCAGCUGGUGGCCGUGCUGGCUGCCCGCUCCGCGCGCGGCGUCAGCCUGGAGAGCCUGGUGCUGGAGCUGAGCGGUUUCCUUGUGUUUCUAAGAUACCAGAGUUACUACAGUUACCCCCUAGAGACUUAUCUGGAGUACCCCAUCCUAAUUGCACAAGAUGUCAUUCUCCUGCUCUUUGUUCUGCAUUACAGUGGCAACAUGAAGCAAGCUUUGCCUUACAUAGUCAUAUUUGUGGGAGGAUGGUACUUCCUAACUCUGCAGAAAUGGAUAAUAGACCUGGCCAUGAAUUUGUGUACGUUAAUCAGUGCAGCAAGUAAAUUUGCUCAGCUGCGGUGUCUGUGGCAGACAAGAGAUUCCGGACAAGUGAGUGCCCUGACCUGGAGUAUGUCUGCAUACACAUGUGCAACAAGAAUAGUUACAACUGUAAUGACCACAAAUGAUCUUAUGGUUCUAGUCCGUUUCAUAAUCAUGCUGGUUCUUAAUAUAUGGGUCACAGCCACAAUAUUGCGUUACCGGAAGACUGAAAAGACUGAUUAGAUGACAGCUUCUCUCCAGCUGCAACAUAUGUCAAACACUUUGGACCAAAAAAUACAGUAGAACCUGAACAAGAAACCUCCAUGUCCAGGCAGCCUUCUGUAUGCCACCUGCCUCAUAUUAUCCCUUAAAAGAUUAAGUACAACAUUGCUUAUGUUUUAUUACAAUUACUACUACUUAACAAAGCAUAUUUUAUUAGAAGUCAAUUUUAUUGGUCAUUUAAGACAGGUUUCAGUGGUACCUGAUAUUUUCUCUGGGCUUUUUUCUUCUUCUUCUUCCAUAUUUUGUACUAUGUAGAUUCCUCUGGUUUUUAUUCCUGGCGGAAUUCUGUGCCUAAAAAUUCUGUGCACAAUAUUUUAAAAUUCUGCAUAUUUUAUUUGUUAAAACAACAUUAUAUAAUCACGCCGGUUUCAAUUAUUUUGGUAAUUUAUUUCAAAAUACCUGUCAGCAACUAUGUCGGUACCAAUACAGAUGACAAAAAAGAUUCCCCCAGGAGUAGAGAGUUAAAAAACCCCUAUGACAACCCAGUUUCUGUUUCUCUGCCCCCUCCACCCCUGAGCCCAGCCACAGGGCCAGACACCCCACACAACUCCCCCCAGCCCAGACAUCUGCACUCCUCCCCACCAGAGCCCAGUGGGGGCACCCACCAGCCCAGACACCAUACCCCCCACCCCCAAGAGCCAGAAACCCACACCGCCUCCCCACCAGGGCCAGGGCACCACCCUGGUCCAGACACCUGCACUCCCUAUCCCCCCAGGGCCCAGCUGCAGGGCCAGACACGCACGCCCCAGACACUCACAUCUCUCCCCCCAGAGUCCAGUCGCAGGGCCCCCAAUCCAGACACCCACACUCCCUACCCUCCAGAGAUCCAGAGGGAGAAACAGCUUGAUGCUGGGUUCCAGACUCAUACAAGAAACUCCAUACACCACCUCCUUCCUUCAGGGCUUGCUGGGAACUGCAGCUGCUGAGAACCCUCCAGCUCCAUUCCCGUCCCCCCGGCAGUGGCUUAAUGAAAGUGCAAGAUAACUAAGGACCACCCAUCCUGGGCUUAAAUUCUGAGUCCAACCCUGGGUUCUCCCCCAGCUCAGGAUUAGUCCCUUGACCCUUCCUCCCCACCAAACUCAAAGAGUCAGCAAGCAAACUUACUUCCACUGCUCUCCUGGCCCAGAGCUUUCCCAGCUCCUUGACUGGAACACUGGCCUGUCUGGAUUUACCUUCUCGCUUGGCUCAAACUCAGUGGGUAAUUUUUUUCUGUUGCUCUCUGGCCCUGAGCUUUUUCCAGCUCUCUUCCAUCAUCAGCUCUUCACUACUGCUUCCUUGGGGAACUGCAGCAGCUCACUCUCACUGUAGGGACCUUCUACCAGAUCCCAGCUGCCCCUUAUUGUCUCCUUUUCCAAACUUCUGCCAGACCCAUUUUAUAGACCAGGUGUCUCCUCUCCAGUCCCAUUAGAAGGCAGUUAUCCAGGCACAGGUGGAUUAGGCCUGCUCCUUUUUAAAGGGCCAGUACUCCAGCUCAAGGAGCCCGCUACAGUCUUAGCGAACAUACAGCUCAGGCACUAGAGGCUUCUGCUUUAAGAUCCCAAUGAUGCCAGGUUCGAUCUCCACUGCUGAUGACUCACCUCGGUGCAGGACAUUACACCACCAUAGGCAAACUGUCUCUCAUAUGGGCUCACCUACUUUCUAAUAGAAUCUGACGUAACUCCUUCUGUUAUGUGGUUCUGCAAGUUUUCUGGGUUGUAAGAUGCAAAUGAUGUACUUGAGGUUUUACUUUUACAUUCCACUCAUAACGUGCUUUGGAGCAAAAUAUCAGGUUUAUUAAAAGAGAGAUGUUUGCGUAA